AUGGCCAAAGUUCAGCUCAAUGUCGGUAUCAUUGGAGCCGGUCUAGGUGGGCUCGCCGCCGCCAUCGGCAUCGCCCGAGCUGGGCAUAAAGUCACGAUACUCGAACAAGCACCCCAGCUUGGUGAGGUCGGAGCAGGAAUCCAAAUCCCUCCCAACAGCACCCGAAUUCUGGCUCGAUGGGGACUACUACCGGCCCUCGAGAAGGUUUCUGUGCGUCCCAACAACUUCAUCAUUCGCUCGUACCAUGACGGCAAGAUUCUCUCGACGCAACCAUUAAUUCCCUACUGUGAAGAGCGAUACGGUCAUCCGUACCUCCACAUCCACCGCGCAGACUACCACCGAAUCCUGGUGGACGAAGCGUUCCGCCUCGGCGUGACCAUCCAACUCGACAGUUUCGUGACGGCCAUCGACUUCGAACGGCCAGCGGUACACAUCCGAAACCGGGCGGAACCAUUUCUCGCCGACCUGAUCAUCGGCGCCGACGGCCUGAAGAGCAUCUGUCGCGAAGCACUGCUCGGCCGACCCGACCCGCCCCAUCUCACAGGCGACCUGGCGUACCGCAUCACCGUGCCGGCCGACAAGAUGAGAGUGCACCCGCUGCUGGCGGAGUUAGUGGCCGUCCCGAACAUCAACUACUGGAUGGGCCCGGACAUGCACGUGGUCUGCUACCUCCUCAAAGGGGGCAACCUGUAUAAUAUCGUGAUCAUCUCUCCCGACAACCUGCCGGAAAUGGUUAACCAGCAGAAAGCCGACCUGAAGGAAAUGAACGACCUGUUCGUCAACUGGGACCCGCAACUGCAAGCCCUGCUGUCCCUGUGUACAGACACUUCCAAGUGGCGCCUGCAGAACUCGCGCGAGAUGAUCAGCUGGUCCCACCCGUCGGGCCGCUUCACGCUGCUCGGCGACGCCUGCCACGCCACCCUGCCCUACCUGGCCCAGGGCGCCGCGCAGGCCGUCGAGGACGGCGCCGUGCUGGGCCACCUGUUCGAGAAGAUCGAGCAUGCCCAUCAACUGCCCGACCUGCUGACCAUCUACGAGGCCGUGCGCAAACCGCGCACCACCCGCGUCGUCCAGGGCAGUUCGCACCUGGGCCAGAAGAUCUUUCACCUGCACGACGGCCCGCGCCAGAUGGAACGCGAUCGCCAGCUCGUCGAGUUCCAGCCCGACCCGUUCGAAGGGUACCAGAACCGCUGGCGCGAUCCCGUCUUUCAGCCGUUCUUGUUCGGCUAUGAUGCCCAACAGGUCGUCGAGGAUGCUUGGGCCGUUUAUCAGCAGGGGAAAUUCCCGGGGACCAUGGGGCGGUUCGCCACACAGCAACAAAACAAGAGCUUGGUGGAGGAGGGCAGAGGCGAGGUGGCGGAGUUGCGUCGCAAUGAGGCCAGAUUAUAA